AUGCCAGCAGCGGCCGCCAUCGGUCCCGAUGGGCAGAUUAUGCGACCGAGAAAAGGUCGACCACCCAAAGGUGGUUACCCGUAUCCGUAUCCGGCGUCGACCGAUCCCGCCCGCACCAUCUAUAUAGGCAAGAACAACGCCCGCCACUGGGCCGAUCUCAAAACGCGACUCGGCUACAAUGGCGACGUCGAUUUCGUCUCUUUUCUAUUGCGCCUUGCAGAAGAACGUCUCAGCCAAGAGGAGCAGGUAUGCGAGAAGCCAAAGCACCGCAAUCAAAUCAACGGCGGCCGGGUCGAUCAACUUCAACAGCCAGUCCAGCAGCAGCAGCAUCAUCAUCAAAGGGCCGGCGGCAGUGUGCCCUCUGGAGACGAUGUCGCCAGUCAUCCGCACCAUCAUCAUCAACACGACCUUGAGUUAAGACGCGCCUCUUCCUCCUCUCCGCGUCGUAACAACGAACCCAAAGACGACAAUCCCGUGUCUUCCGCCCAUCCGCACAAAAAACUCAAGAUGGAAGAAGCUGCUGCUGCUGCUGCUGCCGCUGCAGCCGCCGGAUCUUCAACUGCUGUCGCCGUGGACGAUGAUGAUGAAGACGAAGAGGACGAUGAAGAGCAUCCGCAUCACCAUGGUUACGAUUACCAUCACGCCGAUGGAGUUUCCGCAGCGGCCGUUGCAGCUGCAGCCGCUUUCUCCGCUCACAACGGCAACAAUCGGAAUCACGGUCCGACUGGUGACCAACAACAACAACAACAACACGCUAGUUACCCUUCGGAUGACGACGAUGAUGAUAACAUGGUGGACGAAGAAGAUGACAAUAGUCUGGCCAAUACGUCGACCGCGGGCGAUCACGACCAGGGCGGCGAAUACGUUUGCAAUUUUUGCAACAAGAGCUUCUUGCGACCGACUUAUCUAAACGUUCAUCGGACGUACGGCUGUCCGGCCAAUCCAGACCGUUGCCGCCCUCAGUGCCAUGUAUGUGGCAAAGAUUUUUCGCAGCCGCAAAAACUCAAGGCUCACAUUGAAGCUGAACACGCCGGCAGCGAUUUCGGCCAUUGCGAUGACGGCUCAAACAUUAGCGGAGGUUUGUCCGGCGGUGGAGGCACUCAUCAUCCAUGUAAAGCCUGUCCAGCCGUCUUUACCACACGAGCCGCUUUGAGACGUCAUCUGGGUGAAAUUCACGGACAAGGCGCUUCGGGCACGUGCGUUUGCGACCAAUGCGGCAAACUCUUUCAAACGAAAUCCAAUUUAAAAAUCCACUUGUUGACUCACUCGGGAGUCAAACCAUUCAAGUGUCCUGAAACGGAAUGCGGAUUGGGGUUUUCAACGAAACAGUGUUUGCAAGUUCAUUUGCGUAAAGCUCAUGGAUUCAGUGAGGAUAAUAUGCCGACGGUGCAACGCAGCAUCCCGUACACUUUCGACGCCUAUUCCGGUGGCGUCAUCAAAGAUCCUGGCCGUGGCAAAUUACCCGAUUUGCCACCGACGACACCGACCCGAUUGCACCUGGAUCCUAGCGGCCAGCAGGUGUUGUUCGAUACAAUUGAUGAUGGAUCGAAUCCGCCGGGAACUCCGAGAGCUUCAUAUCCGAUCCCCGAGAUGCCGCGUCGGGGUAGGAAACCCGGUUGGCGCAAAGCAAAUUCAGUUAACGGUGGAGGAGGAGUGAGCGGCCAUAGUGGUGUAGGCCUAUCCUCGCAAAACACGAGUUUAUCGGACGAGAUUCUGCACAAAUUACGACACGAUAAGGAUAACGAUGUCCUCAAUUCCGGUCCUUUGCCAUCAUUUACCUCUUCAGCCGCAGCCGUUGUGGCCGAAUUGGCCAUUCAAAGUUUAGCAGCAGCGGCCGCAGCGGCAGCAGCUGCUGGUAAUGGCAGCUCCCCGCCGGAUCACCAUGCUGAUCUCAAUUCUCCGGCUGGUGGUGGUGGUGGUGGUAGACAACCGGUCAACUACCACAACAGCCCAGGACCGAUGCCGAUGACACCUGAACCGCAAGCAAUGGCGCUCAAUUUAGCAGCUUCGCGGAAUCAAAGUACGUACGGUGAGUCGAGUUAUCCACCGGCCAGUCCUUCUCCAUGGCAGCAACAACAGCAACAACAUUUUGAUGACAAUUAUCCAUCGUUGGCACGUCCACAAGCGGUCAGUGCGCGUGCAACUCCCGGACCUGGUCAACAACAACAAACUUCAACAGCCUUUUAUCCCGAACGACCAGCUAGUUGUUAUUCAUUUGAUGGGAAUCAACAACAACAGAAUUACAAUGCUGGACAACUUCUUCAACCGCCCCCUACACCAGGAUCGAUGACGUACGGUUCAAGUAACAAACUUCCACCAGCCUCACCACAACAACAGCAACAGCAACAAGAUCCUUCACGAUGUGCAACGCCAUCAUUGAGCAGUAGCGAACCUUCGUUUGCCCGGUUCGCUGCUACGGCGGCCGCGGCUGCAGCAGCAGCUGCUGCUGCUGUUACCGGAUCUUCAGCUUCAUCCGGCCAACGUUGUCCACCGACUUCAACGAGUCCUGGAUCAGCUUCCACGGCUGGAGCGGGCACAACAACAACGACUUCAUCUUCUUCCUCAUCGACGAGUGGCGGAACGAAUCCGUAUCCAAGUCCAGCGCCCAGUCCAGGCUAUGCGGCCGUGACAUCGCGCGUUUUUUCCGGCAGUUAUGGCCUUCAAAAUUGGGGCAAUGUCAACAUGCAGGGUCUUUCAGGCUAUUCGCAAACCUAUCCGCUUCCUCCACCGUCACCCUACCCCCGUAAUCAUCCGUACGGCGGAUACUAUUGAAUGACAUCUGGACGAGAUGCAUAUUCCAAAAUUUAAUUUCGCCAAUUUGCCAAAUUUUUUUUUUUUUUACAUACCGGGAUGUCGCAAUUUAGUGCGCCAUUUUUUGAAAACAGAAAAAAUAAUCGUGUGGGUUUUUGCUGUUUUCAAUUCAAAAAAAGAGCUGUAUACACUCUAGUUGUGUUUUAUCACUUUUGUGCGUGAGCCCAACGGCUUCCCCCGUUUUUCUUUUUCUUUUUUUUUUUCAAUCUUGACAGCAUGUUGUUUUUUUUGUUGUUGUUGAAUGAAGUGGCAAUCUUUCUGGGGGAAUGCCUCCCGUUCUUUUUAGAGAGAGACAGAGAGAGAAAAAAAACAUUUUGGAUAGUUUUUUGUUUGUUUUAUAUUAAAAAAAAGAGAAAUACUAAGAAAAAUGUGUUGCUUGUAGCUGUUGUGUUUGGAAUCUUAUCGAAAUACUCUCUUUAUAAAAAAAAACACCCACUUUUCGUUUAAUCUCGAUACCCGUGUGUUUGGAUUGUUUUUGUUUUUUAUUAUGGAUGAGAAUCUCCCCCCUCAUUGAUUGAUUGAUCUUCUUUUUUUAUUUGUUUGAAAAAUGAAUGUUUUUCUCUUUUUUUUUAAACCGGUACGUGUUGGACGUUUAUAACCGUGAAAAAUAUUGUUUAUUCAUUUUUUUAUUUUUCAAUCAGUUUCCAGGAAGGAAAACCCCGUGUGUUUUUUUUUACAAUUUUUUUUUUGUUCACAAAAAAAAAAGAAUUUUUUCUUUUUUUGUUUCAAGUUUUUCUUUUAUUCUUUUAACCAUACCAAAACAAAAACCGCCCCCUUCUGUGUGAGUGUUUGUGUGUCACGUUCGUACGGAUUUCUUGUUUUCUGUGUGUGUAUCUCGCGGUGCGUGAGUUUUUUUAUUAUUAUUUCAGCUUCCACACACUUUUAUUUUGUUUCUUUAAAACUCGCCAAAACAUCGCCAAAAACGAGGAAAAAAAAAAACCACGCCCUACAAAACAGGAAUGAAAAAAAAACGCGACAUUGAUGAUGUUAUGUAUACAUAAUUAAUUAUCCUUGUAUAACUCUUCACUCGUAUCGGAGACUUCUUAUAAUUUCUAAACGAAAAUUCCCACAUAGACACACGUUUGGCGCUUAAUUCUUCCAGUGAUACAAGAAAACAAAACAAAAACACAUAAAUUCAUCGUUUUUUUUUUUAAUUCUCCGAUAAAGAAAGAAGCCACCAUUAAAAGUUGUUCUUUAAUUUGAUAUGACGUUGUUGCUUUACACACUAUUCCGUCUUCAUCAGAAAGCCAUUAUGUCCACCAUCUUUUUUGUUGUCUUCGAAUACAUAAUAAAUUGUUCUUUGGAUGAAACGGAAA